GGACCGGAGAGGAGAUCUGCCGCGUCUGUGUGGGCUGCGCAUCCAUCUCGGUGGGAAAGCCAAACAGCCGCCAUAAAGAUCUCGACGCGCACUUUUUGUCAUGUAUGUUGGUUGCCUCCUCAGACUUGGGCCUGUUGAGCCUGCCUGUUCCCUUCUGCUCUGGGGGUCAUCGUUGACGGAUGCAGGCUGCCACCUGUCGAUGAAGUGACAGCUCGUUCGAGGCGUCGAGAUCAUCGCCUCGCCAGCGCGCAUGGUCAACUGCUCCUCUCGCCGCCAUCAUGAUGUAUCAAUCUCCAUCGGCCGUGCUCGAGCGGCCGCGCCACGACCAGCACAAGAGGCAUGGCCGGCCCGGCCAAACCACGAUGCGGCCUCACUGGACCUGCACCCGAGCAGAGGCGGCCAUGGGUGGUGGUGCUAGGUACAUGGGUCACGACUCGCAGCAUGUUGAGCCGACGAGGGCGAGGACAAUGCAGCAAGUGGUACCCCCCUCCGCCGGCGCCACCGGCCCAUCGCAGCAGCAGGUCAUGUACCCCUCCUUUUUGCCCUCUUCCACCCCUCCCCUGCCCCCCGUCCUGUCCAACCCGCCGCCACAGCCCAUCCACGCGUUGAUGCGGCGGCCCGACGACCACCUGCUGGCCACCUGUCCGUCGACUGGGCUGCUGCCCAUGCCCAAGGGGUGUCCGAGCGCUUCCAACAGCGGCAUGGCUGCCGGGGUGCGCGAAAGCAGCACCGAUGGCGACUAUGGGUCGAUGAUGAACACCGUCAGCCUUGACAAGCCGACCAGAUGGGAGCUCUGUCGGCACUGCCUGCCCCCUGACUGGAUACCCGUGGUCACUCUGGGUAGCCCAGUGGUGCUCUUCGGAUCGCCGGCCUAUCACCACAGCUGCGGGGACGGUGACGGUGGCGGUGGGUCGGCGCGACUGGGAGUGUGCCGGUCGACUGGCGAGGCCGUGAGGCUCGUCUCGAGCAACGGCUGCACCAUGUGCAAGGCGGCCCUGAGGAGCGACGCAAGCAAGAAUGGAUAUGUCGUCGGGUCUGUGGCGUACUCCACCCCGCCCCCGCCCCCCCUUCGGGAGUACACCAACACUUCAUCCACCAGCUCGCCGUCAGGCGCCGGGGGCCCCCUCUCCCAGGCCCUCACGGAUCUGCCAAUGUCGUCGGGCAGCGGGAGCGAUGUCAUGACAGGUUCGUCGCGGGAGAGUCUGCUGCCGACACAGUACCACCCGGUGUGUACGGUGUAUGGGGAGCCGGAGAGCCAUGACGGCAGUGGUGAGGCGACUGGGCGGCGGAGGGACCAGGCUGAUGGGCGGAGGGGGUAUCUGCUGGAACUGCUCAACUGGAGGGGAUCCGAGCAAGGUGAGCGAAGCGAGUGGCUUGCAUUGCUUGCAAGGCAGCCAAAUUGGGAGGGAUACACACACAUGAUCGACGGAUGCGGCUGGCUGUUGGUAUUUAAAUAUUGGUGUGUUUGUCUUCUUAGACUUGUUGGCUGCGCAGCCUGACUAUUACUCGGAGUGAAACGACGGGACGCCAGGCUUGUGGUGUGGUGGCUGGGACAUUUUGAGCGACCGCGGGAGCGCAUCGCAUCGCAUCCAUUCGACACACGUCGAGUCGUUGCGCGACACGUGUUGUGUGUGUGUGUGUUUGUGUGUGUGUCUGACCUGUGCCUGCGAAUGAAUCUGUGAGUAUGCGAGUGUGCGUGCGCUGUUUUGCAUACCUCCCUCCAUGGCAUGGGGGGUGGGUCGAUGCGAUCGAUGUACAAGUACACGUCUGUCUGCCUACACGUCUGCAUCUACUCUACAACGAACAGGGCAGAUUGAUUGAUUGAUUGAUAAAUGGGUACAUACGAGGGCGGGGCGGGUCGUUUUACAACGGGUCGGGCUUGGCUUGGUCGGGUCGGGUCGGGGUGGUUUGGGGGUCGGAGGGUCGGGAGUGGACAGUUCGUUGAACAGUAGGUGCUUUCCAUGCGGAGGGAGCGAGCUCUCCGUGUGUCUGUGUCUGCGUUGAUCUCGCUAACAUCGUUCGAUAGGUCAUAUGUAUGCAUCGAUGGCCUACCUGCCUCACAGUGGGCAGUGUGCGUACGUUUCGACACUAACUGACAUGAAUGUCAUGGCUGCCCUGCCCUGCGCCUCCCACUCUCUGUGUAGGCAGGCCUGUUUCUCUCUGGUUGGUUGGCUGGCUGACAAGACAGACAAGAGGCCGGGCGCUAACAAGGAAGGAAGCAUGGCGGCGCUUUGCUCGACUUGUACGUGUGUAUGUGUAUGGCAGGCGGGAGUGUGCUGCCUACCGUCGAUUGAGCUUGAUUCGCAGGCCUUGGGAGAGAGGGAGGGAGGGAGGGAGGGAGGUGGGGAGAGCCUGGUCUCGUUUUGUACGGAUGGGAUGCCGAUGGGUGCGUCUCGUGCCUGUCUGUCUGCUGGCAUUCAUGUGAGAACCGAUGGAUGAUGGGUGGAUGCUGACUGGUUUUGCUCUCUCUCUCUCUCUCUGUCUCUCUCUCUCUCCGUCUGUCUCUGUUGCUACGCACCUUUGUCUUUGCGUUGUUUGUGCCUUCCUUAUAUAUAUUCGUUUAUAGCGUGCCUGCCUGCCUGCCUUGGCUGCCGGGCGGUGCGGUGCGCGCGGCGCUUUUUUGCUGCCUGUUUAAACUUACAGACAAACGUACAAGCAACGAUCUCUCCUUCCUUGAUGCUUUCCUUCCCUCGGUCUGCCCGAUGCAUGGCAGACAGACAGACAGACAGACGUAUAUACGUGUUGGCUGGCGUUGGCAUGUUUAACAACAACAGUCCUGUCUGUCUUGGUUUGCCGUCUUGUCUUGCCGCUCGGCUGCCCUGCCUGGCGUCCACACACAGAGCAAAUGACGCCACGUCCCAUUUCCAUUCAAGUGCGCUGCAUUGGUUGCAUAGCUCUAUGCGUGAGAUGGAUGAGAUGAGCGAAAGGUGGCUAGCUGGGGCCGUCGGUCGCUGAAUGUAUUUGUGCCUGCCGGGGCUGUGUGUGGCCGUGUGCGGCUCGGUUUCCUUCCUUCUGUGGGCAGGGCAGGCAGAUACGUACGUGACAUGACAAGUACAAGUGCGUGGGAUGGGAUGCAUCCCACGAAGCGAAGCCACCGUCCUUCCCCUGUCUGUGGGUGCGCACCCCGUUUUUGCGUACUGACGUGCUGGACAGCACGGUCUGUACCAGGGGUGGUGACUGACGAUGUAUGUCGAUGUGCACACACACGUGCAGUGCAGUGCACGAUGGAUGGAUGGACGGAUGGAUGGACGGAUGGCAUGUGUCAGUCAAUGUUCUGAUCGUUCGCCGUCCGCACACACACAUACACAUGGACAGCCAGACAGAGCCCUCUUCUUCUCGCUUCAUGGACGGACGCCACAUUCGGGCUCACGAGCUGGGAUUGGGUUCCAUCUCUCUCUCUCUCUCUCUGUGUGUGUGUGCCGUGAACUCAACUCGUAUGUUUGUGAUGCAUGAGUUUUUGGCAGUGCAUGCAUACCAGUGGACAGACAGUGCUGUGACUUGACUUAAUAGUUGUCUGCCAAUGCUGUCA